GUUAGUUGGGCUUUCUCCAUCAAGCCACGAGACUUUCGGCAACGACUAGCAAUGGGGUGCUGCGGCGGCAAAGAAGAUGUGCUGCCCGACGGCUCGGGCGGCGUCGUGCCCAACUCGACGCGCAAGUGUCGGGACGUGCUCUGCUGCCUGCUCUUCCUCCUCUUUUGGAUCGGCAUGGCCAUCCUCGCGAUCCUCGGCGUCUCCAACGGCGAGCCGCAGAGCCUCAUUUACGGCACGGACUUUAACGGCUCGGUGUGCGGCACGGGUGACUCGAACGCGAGCCUCAUCUACUACCCGCGCAUGACGCAGGACAUGCUGACGCAGUCGGCCAAAGGCAUCCAGCCGCUCGACAUGAAGUUCUUUGGGCUCUGCGUCUCGGCGUGCCCGAGCAUGGGCGAUUACAUUUGCACGUACGCGACCGAGGCGUCGAUUCGCGCGGCCAACCCGGGCGCCAACGCCACGACGCUCAACUCAGCGCGCAAGAAGCGUGCGAGCAGCUUCUCGACGACGACGACCGACUGCUGGCUCGUGCCACUGCCGUCCGAGGUCGUCGCGUUCCGCUGCCUUCCGCUCAGCAUCGCCUCGGGCAACUCGACUGUGAUUUGCAUCCAGCCGGGCAAUUCCCCCGAGUACUACAAGACCGUCAAGGGGGUCCAAGUGCCCAACGACAAGUGCGAAGUGUCGCAGACCAUCACGGUCACGGCGACAAUCGGCGAGGCCAACUCGGACCCGGUCAUGGACAAGCUCCAAACGACCGUGGCCAUGAUCGGUCGGUUCGUCGGCGACAUUCAAAAGACGUAUGCGCCCGUGCUCUUGAUCUGCGGCGUCGGCUCCCUCGUCCUCGGCUGGCUCUUUCUCUUCUUCAUGCGCUGCUGCGCGGGCUGCGUCAUCUGGCUCACGCUCUUCAUCGUGCAAGUCGUGCUCGCAGGCCUCUCGCUUUUCUUCCUACUCAAAGGCGGCAUCAUCUACUCGAGCGACAUUAGCGCUCUCACGACGCAAAUCAACGCGAUUCCCAGUGGUGAAAGCCUCUCAGCGUCGCUGAGCGUCGCCGACUCCAACAUCAAAGUGUACCAAGCGGCGGCGGUCAUUUCCAUCGUCUUGACCGUUGUCAUGCUGCUCAUUGUGUGUUUUAUGCGCAAGCGCAUUCAAAUUGCGAUCGGCAUCAUCCGCGAAGCGUCCCGGACGAUCCAGUGCAUGCCACUUCUCGUAUGCUUCCCCGUCGUCCCCGCCAUCACCUCGAUUCUGCUCUUCAUCUACACGACGAUCAUUGGCGCCUACAUUUACAGCGCCGACGGCAACCUUGCGCUGCCGUCCUCGCUCGCGAGCGCGCUCCCCGGCAACGCGUCGGCGUCUGUGACGGCGAGCUGGGACGCGGAGCUGACCGCGUCAACGUCCGCUGUCGAGCCGAGCCAGCGCAUGCACAUUAUGAUCGCAUACCAUAUCUUUGGCUUUCUCUGGACCAACCAAGUGAUCCAGGCCGUCUCGAUGACGACGAUUGCCGGCGCCGUGUGCAAAUACUACUGGAGCCGCAACCACUCGGCGGCCGAGAUGGGCCGGUUCCCCGUCGCAUCGAGUUUUCAAAAUUGCUUUCGGUAUCACUUUGGGUCGCUCGCGUUUGGCGCGUUCCUCAUCGCGGUCGUCCAGUUUCUUCGCCUCGUGCUCAUGUACAUUGACAAGCAGACCAAGUCGCUCCAGCAGUCCAACCUCGCGAUCAAAGUCGCCAUGAAGGUCGUCGGCUGCUGCCUCUGGUGCCUCGAAAAGUGUAUCAAGUUCAUCUCCAAGAACGCGUACAUCCUCGUGGCCAUGAAGGGCCGGUCGUUCUGCUCGUCCACGAAAGAAGCGUUCAUGCUUAUCUUUGCCAACAUGGCCCAAGUCGCGAUGACGAGCACGAUCGUCAACCUCGUCGCGUUUGUGGCGGUUGUCGCUAUUAGCGUUGGGUGCGCCCUCGGGCUCUUUCUCUACUUGGACCACAACAUGGACUUUGCGACGGGCGGCAGCAAGGAGCUCAACUCGCUGUUUCCUCCGUGCAUCAUUGGCGGCAUCCUCGCGUGGUUCGUCGGCUCGUCCUUCAUUGGCGUCUACGAGAUGUGCGUCGACACGAUCUUGCUUUGCUUUUGCGAGGACCGGCGCAUCAAUAAGGAGAGCGGCCAGUACUACAUGAGCGCCGAGCUCCAAGCCUUUGUGGACAAGAACACCAAGAAGAAGAAGAAGACAAAAGGGGUCGCGGACGAAGGCGGCAACAACAAGACGGCCCCCGACGAGCUCCCGGUUAACGCCGACGGCUCGGUUGACGUCUAAGGAAGCGGCUUGGAAAGCGCUCGAGCGAGCGCGUUUGUACAUGGACGACGAAUACUACAUGGUGAUUCUGUG